CAUGUUGGUCCUUGGAAAUUAGGUAGAACUUUAGGUAGAGGUUCAACUGGUCGUGUUAGAUUGGCUAAACAUUCAGAAACUGGUCAAUUGGCGGCCGUUAAAAUUGUUCCAAAGUCUAAAUUUCAAAAAAAUGAAAAUGGUCAAGAAUCAAAUACUGGUGCUUCACCUUAUGGUAUUGAAAGGGAAAUCAUUAUAAUGAAGUUAAUUUCUCAUGAAAAUGUUAUGGGGUUAUAUGAUGUUUGGGAAAAUAAAGGUGAAUUAUAUCUAGUCUUGGAAUAUGUUGAAGGUGGUGAAUUAUUUGAUUAUUUGAUUAAAAAAGGUAGAUUACAAGAAAAAGAAGCUAUUCAUUAUUUCCAACAAAUUAUUAAUGGUGUUAGUUAUUGUCAUCAAUUUAACAUUUGUCAUAGAGACUUAAAACCUGAAAAUUUACUACUGGAUAAAAACUUAAAUAUCAAGAUUGCAGAUUUUGGUAUGGCUGCAUUGGAAAUUAAUUCAAAAUUAUUAGAAACAAGUUGUGGUUCUCCUCAUUAUGCUUCACCAGAAAUCGUUACAGGUAAAAAUUAUCAUGGUUCUCCAAGUGAUGUUUGGUCUUGUGGUAUUAUUUUAUUUGCUCUAUUAACUGGUCAUUUACCAUUUGAUGAUGAAAAUAUUAGAAAAUUGUUGAUUAAAGUACAAACUGGGAAAUUUAUUAUGCCAAAUUAUCUAAGUAAAGAUGCUAAAGAUUUGAUUUGGAAAAUGUUGAAAGUUAAUCCAAUGGAGAGAAUUAAGAUUCAAGAUAUUUUAAAACAUCCAUUAUUG